AUGGGUCAGGUCCUAAUUGUACUGCUACUCCACGGCUUUCCUGAGCUCUGGUACUCUUGGCGCCAUCAGAUCCUCUACAUUGCCACCCACGGGUACCGAGCAGUUGCCCCUGACCCCCGUGGCUAUGGAGACACCACCAGAGUACCUAUUAACGAUCCUACCAAGUUCACUACACUUCACGUUGUCGGCGACAUGGAUCCAGGGGAAAUAGAAGCUGUGUUUGCGAGUCUUGGAACUAAGAAGGUUUUUGAGAAAUUCUUGACACAUCGUGAUCCUGAUCCGUUUUAUUUCCCUAAAGAUAAGCCCUUUGGAGCUUUGUAUAAUAAUCAUGUCAUCUUGCCAUCAUGGUUAUCCGAAGAAGAUGUUGAUUAUUACACCAAAAAGUUUGAGCAAACUAGUUUCACAAGAGGAAUAAACUACUACCGAUGUUUUGACCUAAAGUACAUUGGGAAUUUCUUGUUUAAUAUGUUGGGAAAAUGGAAGGAAUCUGAAUACUCUAGUAAAUUUGUUCCGGUUGGUGGUCUUGCUUAUUAUGUUACUGCACCUUCUCAAGGUAAUGACUGA